AUGUCUUUCCACGAGUCAGAGGAAACUCUAACUAGUUCAAAGUUACAACCUCAUGAACCUACAUCUCCAGUAAAAGUGGUACCUUCUCAUAAUGAAAUACUCAGUAAAACAGACGAGCAUCCUUUAAAUAUGCAAUUCAAAGAAAUCAUCAUAGUUUUACUGAUAUCUUCAGGUCAAUUUAUUUCAUUAUUAGGUGCCGUCCAAGGUAUACCGCAAAUGGCAUCUAUUGCAUCCACAUUUAGUCUACGUCCUGAUCAGAACUUAGAAUUGGGAUGGUGUAACGCCGCAUAUGCUACUACUGCCACUACUUUUGUUAUAAUAGCAGGUAAACUUGGUGAUAUUAAUGGCCACAAGAAUAUGUUCAUUUUCGGUUAUGCAUGGCUUACUCUCUGGUCAUUGUUAACUGGAUUCAGUAAAUAUGCCAAAGCAAAUGCUGUUUUCUUCUAUUUUUGCAGAGGUGCCCAAGGUAUUGGAUCUGCAUUUCUAACUCCAACAGGAUUGGCUUUACUAGGCAAACACUAUCCACCUUGUAAAAGGAAAAAUUACGUCUUCUCCUUCUAUGGGGCUUGUGGACCUUUUGGAAUAGUGGCAGGUAGUGUUUUCUCCGCAUUGUUCACACAACUUACUACAUGGGCUUGGACAUAUUGGUCCAUGGCUGUUACAUGUCUAAUAAUAACUAUAUUGAGUUAUAUUUUCAUUCCUAAAGAUAACACCCCAAAGAGAGAAAGGUCAGCCUUUUACAGCUUCGAUUAUGUGGGUGGUUUCUGUGGGAUCACAGGCAUGAUCCUAUUCAGCGUUGUUUGGAAUCAGGCACCUCUAUCUCACUUCAAGGCACCCUAUGUUUACAGUCUUUUGAUAGUGAGCGUGGUAUUUAUGACAAUGGCGCUUAUAAUAGAUUCUAGAGUAAAAGAUCCCUUGAUUCCAUGGAAAAGUAUGUGUAGCAACGUCAUCAAAGCUUUAAUUGUCGUAUUCUUUGGGUUUUUAGGUUUCACAAUAUGGCUUUUCUACUCUUGGAGAUUCUAUUUAGUCGCUAAAAAUGACUCUUUACUGUUGGCUGCUGCCAAAUUCAUUCCAUUGGGGAUUUCCGGUAUCUUUGCAGCAUGUUUCUCCGUACUAUUAUUGAAUAAAAAGGUUCCAGUUCAACUACGGCUGUUGACUGCUGUCUGUGCAUUCCUUAUUUGCGCAAUUUUAAUUUCAACGAUGACUUUACAAGAAACAUAUUGGGGGAAUGCAUUCGUAGCUACAGUCAUAAUCGCCAUCGGUCUUGAUGUUGCCUUUCCGUCAGCAACAUUACUUUUAAGUAAUGGUGUCCUCAAUGAGCAACAAGGUCUUGCCGCUGCCUUAGCGGCAACAGCUUUGAAUUAUGGGACCGCCCUAGGUCCUGGCGUUGCCACUUUAAUCAUAACCUAUCAGUGUGAUGAUUGUCUAGCAAGAUCUGAUGGAAGAUUUGUACAUGCAGUCCAUAUCGCAGGAUAUGUGGCAAUUGGUACGGCAGGCAUCGCUGUCGUGGUUGCCAUUUUUGGCUCGAUCACAGAAUAUUACAAAGAAAGAAUGGAUGACCUUAGAGAAAAGAAAAGGCCCAUUAGUAGUGAGCAGACAGUUUAA